GGGGAGGGUCCUUUAUCGUAAAUCUAAAACUGUAUACAGAAAUAUAAUUCCCAUCAUUCUGUCUGGUUGUAGCUGUUGGAUAAAUUAGCUGCCAAACAAACCCUUCUCUCUCUCUCUCUCUCUCUCUUUCUAACCAGUCCACCGUCCCGUUCCGACCUCAAUUAGCCGACAAAAGUCACACUACCAAAGACGACGAUUCUUUUUUCUUUUUUUUUUUUUUAAGAAAAAAACAAAAAACAAAUUAUUAUUAAUUCCUCAGUAAAAUAAAAUAAAAUUAUAUUAUCAAAAGACGAACUCUUCACAAAAAGCCACCGUACUCACCUUCACACCUCACUAACACCACAGCACCACCAGUCCCCCUCCUCUCUCUCUCUCUCUCUCUUUCUCUCUCUCUCUCUUUCUUCAAUUAAACAAGAGUAAGAGUAGAAUGUGAAACCCUAACUACAAGAUCCGUCGCUGAAUCACUCUCACCUUUUCUCCUGUUGCGAAAGAGUCUAAAAGUAAACAGAAAAAGAAAUGGGAAAUUGCUGCAGAUCUCCGGCGGCAGUAGCCAGGGAAGACGUGAAAUCAAACUACUCAAGCCAUGAUCACAGCAAGAAAGACAACGCAGCAACUAAGAAACAACCGAUCACAGUCUUAACAGGCGUCGCGAAAGAGAACAUAGAAGAGAAAUACCUAGUAGAUCGAGAACUAGGUCGCGGUGAGUUUGGCGUUACUUAUUUAUGCAUUGAUCGUGAUAAUAGAGAAUUGUUGGCUUGUAAAAGCAUUUCAAAGCGGAAACUUAGAACGGCCGUUGAUAUUGAAGAUGUGAGACGCGAAGUUGCUAUAAUGAAACACUUGCCUAAAAAUUCGAGUAUUGUUAGUUUGAAAGAAGCUUGUGAGGAUGAUAAUGCGGUGCAUUUGGUUAUGGAGUUAUGCGAAGGUGGUGAGUUGUUUGAUCGGAUCGUCGCUAGAGGUCAUUAUACAGAACGAGCUGCUGCGGCGGUUACUAGAACCAUUGUUGAAGUUGUUCAGCUUUGUCAUAAGCAUGGUGUUAUUCAUAGAGAUUUGAAACCCGAGAAUUUCUUGUUUGCUAAUAAGAAAGAGAAUUCGCCUUUGAAAGCUAUUGAUUUUGGCUUGUCUAUUUUCUUUAAGCCAGGCGAGAGGUUCUCUGAAAUUGUUGGAAGUCCAUAUUACAUGGCCCCAGAGGUCCUCAAGCGGAAUUAUGGGCCUGAAAUUGACAUAUGGAGUGCAGGAGUCAUCCUCUACAUUUUGUUGUGUGGAGUCCCUCCAUUUUGGGCUGAGUCUGAGCAAGGGGUUGCACAGGCCAUUCUUCGUGGAAUUAUAGAUUUUAAACGGGAUCCAUGGCCAAACAUUUCUGAGAGUGCUAAGAGUCUUGUUAAGCAAAUGUUGGAGCCUGACCCAAAACUUCGAUUAACAGCAAAGCAAGUACUAGAGCACCCAUGGCUCCAAAAUGCUAAAAAGGCUCCAAAUGUUCCUCUUGGUGAUGUUGUUAAGUCAAGACUCAAGCAAUUUUCAAUGAUGAACAGAUUCAAAAGAAAAGCACUCAGGGUUAUUGCUGAGUUCUUAUCGACUGAAGAAAUUGAAGACAUCAAAGAUAUGUUCAGGAAGAUGGACACUGAUAAUGAUGGUAUUGUUUCAAUUGAAGAAUUGAAAUCUGGACUCCAAAAUUUCAACUCCCAGCUUGCAGAAUCUGAAGUUCAAAUGCUUAUAGAAGCUGUAGAUGCUAAUGGGAAAGGUACGCUAGAUUAUGGGGAAUUUGUUGCUGUUUCCCUCCAUCUACAAAGGAUGGCCAAUGAUGAGCAUCUUCACAAAGCAUUCUCCUACUUUGACAAGGAUAGCAAUGGUUAUAUCGAACCAGACGAUCUUCGGGAUGCCUUGAUGGAAGAUGGAGCAGAUGAUUGUACAGACAUGGCAAAUGACAUCUUCCAAGAAGUGGAUACGGAUAAGGACGGGAAAAUCAGCUACGAUGAGUUUGUUGCUAUGAUGAAAACUGGAACAGACUGGAGGAAGGCUUCUCGGCAUUACUCUAGAGGGAGAUUUAACAGUCUAAGCAUGAAGUUAAUGAAGGAUGGUUCUCUAAACUUGGGCUGAGAGCGACAAAUACACAGGUGUGCUUGAUUUAUCCAUGAAAAGAAAGUAUUAGAUCUUCGAUGUCCAUCUUAAACCCUGCUUUCUUCUUCUGUGAUUAUUUGCUGGAGCUUUCUUGAUUAUGUGGGUGGGUGGAUGCGCCCUUUUGCUUGGGAGCUUUCGAGGAUUAUGGGAAGCUGAUUACAUCUUUGUCUGUCUCUGCAAAUGUUGAUUAUGUAAAAAUAGUGCCCUAGUAGCCUUGAUACAGGAUGUAUGAUUCUGUCCAUUAUUACUUCAACCUUUGUUAAUUGUUUCGGUUGACAAUGCGAGUUUUGAACUCCAUAGCCAUAGGGGGGCUGUGUAUAAUUUUUCCUCAUAAGGAAAGAGGUAAUUCGAUAUAAAAUGCAUUUUGUGCCUGCAA